AUGCGGGACCCUUGGGACGCACCUGAGGGCCUUGGGAGAGGCCCAGAUGGGGUUUUCCAGUUUGGCUCUCCGACCCCAGCCUUGGGCGAGCAGCUGGAGGCUGUUCCCAGGGGGUGCGAGGCCAGGGGCCAUCCUGGGUUGCACCUGGCAGAGAGUCCAGCCGAGCCACUGACGCCACGAGAGGGUGUGGUAGGGAUGCCACUCGGAGGGGCAACCCGUGAGGGACCCACGGACAGUGGUGUGAGUGGCGAUUGCUCCAUGGGCAUAGCUACUGUAGAGGGGGACCACCCAGCUGUCGUGCGACUCAUCAGGGCGGCCGUCAUGUGCGACGCAUCUGGUGAGAUAGAGCAGCAGGGCGACUUAGGCCGCCAGCUUGAGAUAGCUCCCGAGGCCCAGGGGGAGGUUGAGCCUGAGGCCGACCAUGCGGAUUGUCCACUGUCUAGAGAUCUGUUUUCUUUGCGAGACACGAUUAUCUGGCGAUGGCUUGAUCGAUUGAGGCGGCGCCUGGGAAGGGACUGGGAGACCUAUGCAGUCGAGUCCCAGGGGCUGUCUGGUGGCCUUUUGGUCCUGUGGAGGCGAGGGGUGGCGACGAUUGAUGUCUUCCACAACUGCUCCCAACAGGUUAUCAUGGUAGUAUCGGAACCUAAUGCCGGCCCGUGGGUGUUGUGUGGUGUGUAUGCGAGCACGGACUACAGGGUCAGGAGAGCCCUCUGGCAAGAGAUCACCAACCUGGCUGCCCAGGGCAUCCCGACGGUGUUAGUUGGUGACUUCAAUUGUAUCCAGAGUGCGAGUGACAAGCGGGGAGGUGCGGUCUUCACGGAUAGAGUGGACAGGAGGGAGUUUCGCGACUUUAUGCUGCGAAACGGCAUGGUGGACUUAGGUUUUUCGGAACCACGGUUUACCUGGUGUAAUAACCAAUCUGGCAGUGCUAGGGUUUGGGAGCGAUUAGAUAGGGCCCUUGCGUCCCCAGAUUGGAUCCUUCGUUUUCCUACCUGCCGAGUUAGUUAUUUACCCCGGAUUGCAUCAGACCACUGUCCUCUACUGAUCUCCACAUCAUCGGGACCUUGUCAUCACAGCCCCUUCUGUUUCGAGAAGGUUUGGCUAUCGUAUCCUCAGUCUUGGGACAUUGUUCGCGAUGCGUGGCGCGUCCCGGUGCGGGGGGAUGCGAUGCAACGGGUCUCACGCAAACUCGAGCUGACCAAACGGCGGCUCCGCCGUUGGAAUCGUGAGGUAGUGGGCGACAUCUUUCGGAGAUUGGAGGGGGUUGAGUCUGCGAUUACAGAACUACAGAGGAGAGAAGACCUAGGAGGUGGCCUUCCGGAGGACAACAUGUCCGACCUUCGGGGGCUUCUUGCGAAUCACCACUCAUUACUACGGCAGCACGAGAUAUUCUGGCGCCAGAAAUCUCGGGUUCAGUGGGUGAGUGAGGGUGACCGCAACACUAGGUUCUUUCAUCGGACGACGGUUAUCCGGAGACAGCGAAGUAUGAUCCACUCAUUGCGCGAUGAGUCCGGCCAUCGAGUAGAGGGUGAGCCUGCCGUCAGACAGGUCUUACUUGAGUUUUUCCGUGCCAGAUGGACGGAGGAUGGAGGCCCUGAUGAUAGUGACCUCCUUCCGAGGGUCGAUGUGGGUAUUGCUGAUGACGAGAAUACGACCCUGGUUCGGCCGAUGUCGGCACAGGAGGUGCAGGAGGCAGUCUGGGCCCUGGCAGCAGAUAAGGCUCCGGGACCCGAUGGGUUCCCCCCCUUCUUUUUCCGCCGAUAUUGGGGUAUCAUUCGGGGAGCAGUGGUUGAGGCGGUGCAAUGUUUCUUCACUCAGGCAGCCAUGCCUGAGGAUUGGAAGGCCACCUUCAUCACGCUCAUUCCAAAGCGCCAGGAGGCGGCAGAGCCGGGUCACUUCAGGCCCAUUAGUUUGUGCACAACCUUGUAUAAGGGUGCGUGCACUAGCCGGGAGCUGGAGGCCUAUGUUCCAGCACCGGGGGCGGGACCUAUCUCUCACUUACUCUUUGCUGAUGAUUAUCUUCUCUUGACCAGGGCGCGGGCUUCUGAUGCACGGGUACUACGCAGAGUGCUGGCAGGUUACUGUACGACGUUCGGACAAAGAGUAAACCUCAUGAAGUCAACAAUUCAGUUCAGCCCUAGCACGGAGAGCAGAGUCAGGCAGGAGAUCAGGAGGAUUCUGCAGAUACCAGAGCAGGAGGGGACUUUGGUCUACCUGGGAGUCCCUAUCUCAGGCCGGAGACUACGAGUGACAGAGUGCUCGGGCCUGGUACAGCGGGUCGAGAGCAGGCUGGAGGGAUGGAGGGCGUCAUCUCUAUCCAUGAUGGGGAGAUUGACACUAGUCAGAUCGGUGUUAGGAUCUAUGCCGGUAUAUCUCAUGGCCAACACUGUGGUCCCAAAGACGACUCUGUUGAAGAUUGAACAUCUUCUCCGGAGCUUCUUGUGGGGGUCUCACGGUGGGGGCCAUGGGGUACAUUUGGUGGCCUGGGAGCAGGUCUGCCUUCCCAUCAGCGAGGGCGGUUUGGGGGUGCAGUCUCUCCUGGAGCGGCGUGAGGCCCUUAUUGCUCGGCACGCAGUCCGUUUCUUGCUGGAGCCACAGGGGCUCUGGAGCCGGGUGAUGGCAGCUAGAUAG